AUGUCUGUCAACGCCACACCAUCCUCGUCCACGAAGGUGACGACAACUAGAGAGCGCAUCGCACUGACUACUCCAUUCUCGCCGCCCAGUAGUUGUCAGCCCAGUUGGAAUAGAACGAGCUUGGUUUGGACUCAGGAUGGCACCUUCACAUAUCUCGUUCUAGUGUCAGUAUCUCCAACUUCAUGCUACCCCUCUGGCUGGGAGAGCAGCGAGGCUGAGUCUCUAUUCACCUUUAGUCCAGCUGUCUGUCCUUCUGGCUGGGACUAUUGGAAAAUGGCUCGUUCUGGCGACUCUCCAGCGGUCUCAACAGCAUACUGCUGUGAAAGCGGAUUCACUUUUAAUCCUUAUGAUCGAGGUGGCUAUGUUGCCAACGGCUUCUUUACUAGCGGUUGUGGACGAUGGGUCCAGACGACGACAGGCAUAUCCCAAGGCGAUGGCACAGCGAUUGCAAUGCUGUCUGGCUUAUCCAACUACCAAGAUUCUAGCGCAAUGGAUGGGACUUUCAUGGUUCAUCAAGCCUGGGAAAUAUCCUGGGGCUCAUCUGAGAGGUCUGAUCUCACGCCAAUGCCUCUCACGUUGACUGAUGGUGAGAGGGUAUCGUCUUGGAAACCAGGCGAGACACUUCCCGACGACAGCCGCCCAACUGAAAGUUUUGAUCAGAGCCAAGGGUAUAUCAGCAGCUCUGCGGUGUGGUUUCUGAUGGUCGGAAUUCCCAUCAUAGUGUUUGUGCUGAUUGCGGGUUGCUGCUGGGUGUGUAUUAGGCGGAGGAUUAGAGAAGGGAGGAUUAGAGUUGCAGCAGUGGCAGCUUCUCCCCUGACACAGGCUAGUGAUAGACGUUCUUCUGUGACGCUUGUUUCGUAA